UUUCUUAAACCCUGCUUGUACCCAUCCCUCUCUUCCCGGUUCUCUUCUUCUUCUUCUUCUUCUUCUCUUUGCAGGUGCAGAAGUCUCUCCGCGCGAAAUGAACUCCCUCGCCGCGAGAUUCGCCAAGCUUCUCCGAGCCUCCGCCUCUCAAGAGUCGGGUGUGCGCAGGGCGUCAAGGUGGUGGUACUCGACCGAGGUUUUGGAUAGCGAGAAGGAUGAGGAGAAGAAGGACGACGAUCUGGGCAAUGAGGAUGAUGACAUUCUGGGUGACAAGAAGGAGUUGCAGCCGCAUGGCGUGGAUCCGAGAAGAGGUUGGGGUUUUCGUGGGGUACAUAAGGCAAUCAUAUGUGGAAAAGUUGGGCAAGCCCCUGUCCAGAAGAUUUUGAGGAAUGGUCGUACUGUAACUAUAUUUACGGUCGGAACAGGGGGCAUGUAUGACCAAAGGACUGUAGGAGAGAGAGACUUACCAAAACCUGUUCAGUGGCAUCGAAUUGCUGUGCAUAAUGGAUCUCUUGGAGUCUAUGCAGUACAACAACUUGCUAAAAACUCGGCAGUUUAUGUUGAGGGUGACAUCGAGACUAGGGUAUACAAUGACAGUAUCAAUGGCGAAGUUAAGAGUAUUCCAGAGAUAUGUGUCCGGUUUGAUGGUAAGAUUCGCCUGAUAAAAGCAGGAGAAAGUGCCAGCAAAAUUUCUUUAGAUGAUUUUAGGGAAUUAUUUUGACCCAAUUUGCCCUGCUGUCAAAACCUCAUUCUCUGAGACACACAGCAGCCGAAUCUUUAUAAACCUUGUAAGAAGGAUGUCUUGCUGUUAACUGGCCGCAGAAAUUUUUCACUGUUUUAAUGUUCUAUUACAGAUCUCUCUCUCUCUCUCUCUCUCUCUCUCUCUCUCUCUCUCUCUCUCUCUCUCUCAAUAUUAGGUGGGAUUACAUUCAAGUGCACUGGUGAUAUUACCAAUUUUUUCCUAUGUAAUUGUUAAAUUUAUGCGACAUCAGAAGCGCCAUCAAUUUUUUUGGUUUGUGAAA